AUGAAUGAGCAGUUGAGAGAGCAUUAUCCACAUGUUAGGUACAGAUCUCAUGAUGUUCAUUUGCCUCGAAGAUGGGAUAUCAAUCAAUCAUCUACCUAUCUGGAAUUGUCUAAAAAUGGAUUACAAGUCUCUUUUAAAUCUGUGCCCCUCCAAGGCGACAAGGACAUCUCAGGAGUGAUCCGUAGCGAUUGCUGCAUUCCCGCCUGCUUCGGAACCUACUAUUUCGAGGUCACCAUUCUCCAUUGCGAGGGAAAGAACGGAUGUAUGGGUGUUGGGCUGAGUAAAGCGAAUGGGGACCUGACUAGAAUGCCCGGAUGGGAUCCCCAUUGUUAUGGAUACCAUGGGGAUGAUGGGAACUUUUUUAAUGCUUGUGGUCAUGGGAAGUCUUAUGGACCAAGAUUCGGGAAACAUGAUGUCAUUGGAUGUGGGAUUGAUACAAAUCUGAAUAUCGUGUUUUUCACCAAAGAUGGAGAGUUACUAGGAAUUGCUCAUGAAGGAAAACCUGGAGAAAUGGAGAACUUGUAUCCUACAGUAGGAUUAAGGACUCCCGGGGAGAAGCUGUACGCCAAUUUCGGUCAAUAUCCAUUUAAAUUCGAUUUGGACGACUAUAGACAGAUUCUGAAUAAUCGAAAAGUCCGGAUGAUUGAAAACAUCAAAGUGCCCUCAAACUUUGGAAAACAUAUGGAACGAGUUGUCGCUUCGUUCCUAGGGUCUUGUGGAGCAUUGGAGACGUUGAAAGUGUUUGAGAAACACGCGAAUUUGAAGAAACCAGUGGAUUAUGAGUUUUUGAGAAAGAGAAAAGAAAUCUCCCAAAUGGUUGUCCGAGCUACAAAUGGUGCUGGAAUUCAAACAAAACUUGAGGAAUAUUUUCCUGGGUGUCUUGAAAAUGAGUAUAAGGUUCAACUUCUACUCCUAUGCCUUCGAUACAUCGAUCUAGCACUAACAAUUGAAAAUGUGCCUGCUAGCUUUGGAGCAAUCAAAGAUGGACCAAGUAUAUCGAAGCCGGCUCCGGCACCCCAACCGAAAAAGGGACCUUCGACUUCAGGCAAAUCAGGCAAAAGAAAUAAGAAGGGACAGCAAAAAUAUGUGGAUCUAAAGACUGAGGAGCAAUUGAAUGAGGAGGCUGUGUUGGAUUUUGCGAAAAUUGAUAAAUUCUAUGAUGAUGAGGACACUGGGGAGCAAAUGCUGGAAGUUGAUGGUUUCUCAAUAUCCCGCCGUAUGUACGUUGAACUUUACGCAUCUGGAGAGUUUCAAAAACUCAGCUACAUUAUGCGACUGGGUCGUGAAAUUGACCGUAUCGCAUUAGCCGUUGAAGACGAGCUGAGCAAUAAGGAUCGUCAGAUUUUGGAGGAUUCACUUCUCUCGAUUGUCAAGCAGAAUGCACCUGGAACGUAUCCAUUGAAGGCGAAAGAUAGGCGGUACAUUUCGAAUUGUAUCGUGGAGAUGAUCAAUAAUUAUAAAGAUCCAAAUGUGUUUGAAGAGAAGGAUGUAGAAGAGGAAAUGGAGCCGGAACCUGUGGAAGAGACGAAGCCGGCCAGUGUCCCAUUGGAUCCAAAGAACUUCUAUACAAGAACCUAUGGACCAUUACGACAGGCAACUGAUCCACCAGAACGUCAACCAAUCCAAGCACCAAUUGAUAUUAGAAGAGAACAGACUAUGGCGGAAUUAAGAGAAACAUUGAGAGAGGAAGAAUUGAAGAGACAACCCAAAAAGGUUUAUUCGGAGCUACGUGGAAUGUUCAUGGCUUGGCAGGGACUGCAUCAUGAGAUGGCAGAGUUGGGAACACCUGGAGCCGCUAUCUAUUUUAUGAGACAUGUGCUCAAACCCACGCUCCUGAAAAAGAUAAAAAUGACCAAAAAUCAACUAAAAAAUCUAAUAUUUUGGGAUUUUCAGACACUGAACAAGUCAAAAUUCUCCGCGAAUCCUCCAGUUUAUUCCGAUGAGCCUAUGGAAAUGGGAGAUGAUGAAGAGAAUGAGGACGAGGAGGAAGAGUAUAGAGAAAUGGAUUAA